CAUCGUUGGACUGCACUGUCCAGAAGUCAAAAAUUGCAGUGAAAAACCCCAACGUUCGACCACCCAAAGACCCCCGUACGCUCAUAAACAUGGCCUCGGUGGAGCCCCUGGCUCCCGCUCGCCCUCCACACCCCAGUCCUCUGAAGAAGGUUCAUGGAGAAGCGCUCGCCACACCACAGAAAGUCAUUGGGUUCAAACUGCCUGGUCUGGGUGCUGGUUUCCCGGUGUUGAGGAAAACUGAAGCUGGCAAAAAAAUGAGGGAUGAGGGAGAAACAGAGAGCCCAUCCACGCAGACACAGACACAGAAAUCUGACACACAGACGGAACCAAAAGAGGACGGUGUCAAGCAAGAGCAGCCGGCCAACAAACCGAAAUGGACCCCACCGAGGCAUCCUGGGAUGGGUAACCCACUGAUGAUGUCAGAGCUGAAGAGCAAACUCAAAAAGCCUGGAAAAGACUGACGAGAUCAGCAGAGGAGAAAGUCACCUUUUCACCAGCGCUCCUUUACUAUUUUUGUUCACUUUUCUUGCUGUUUGUUUCCACAGUGCAACGUCAGAGGUGUUUGUUUUUCAAAGUGCAAUAUAAAAAUGUCCCUUGCUUACUAUUUUUCAAUUGUGCAAUGUAAAAAUGGGAGUUUAAAAUUUAUUUGUUUAUGUAUAAUAUUUUUAUCUUAAGGAAUAAAUGUUCUAUUUAAGAAAAUAGGCACUUUUCAGUUUUGUCAAAGGGGAAGUCCACUAACUUUCAAACUUGCAAACUUUCUGCA